GUUUUUUCCUCACCUUCCCCAUCUGUGAUACGCGUUCGCGACGGAGAGGAGGAAGAAGACGUGUCAAUGAAGGAAACUGGCAACGAGCAGUCAUCGUCUUUAUUCGCGUUUGCUUGCUUCUAACAGUAAGAACCGAAUCGCUUUUUGCCUGUUCCGCGACUCGGCUCCUCGAAACAGACUCGACGAGAAGAAUCAGAAUUCGCCGAUCGCCGACACUCGGAAUAAAUAUUAAUAGGGAAACUACACGAGAAGGAUAUACGACGAAUUUCAUAUUUUCUCCGAUCACGCGAGUCACAGCAACGUGCUUUAUUUGAUGUACCAUCGACCAGGUGACAAAAAGAAAACAGGACGGUGUGAGAAUACGGAUAGUCGAAGUGAAGCCGGUAACCAGGGUGCUACGAAACGCCAGUAAGACGAAGAAAAGAUAGUUGACAAAGAAGAAGGGAAUAAGCAACGACGAAAAGCAGACUCGAGCCAAGAUGACAACUAUAGUGGCGGACCUGGUGCACGGGUACAGGGACCUGAUGGAUAACAAGUCCGAUCCCAGGGUGAACAAUUGGCUAAUGAUGAGCAGUCCUUUCCCGACGAUGGCGAUAUGCCUAUCAUACGCUUAUUUCAGCAAGGUUUUGGGACCGAGGAUAAUGGAAAAUAAAAAGCCUUUCAACCUCCGGGAAAUCCUGAUAGCGUACAACUUGAUACAAACACUAUUCUCCUCAUGGAUCUUCUACGAGUAUUUGAUGAGUGGCUGGGCGAAAGGAUACAGUUUCCGGUGCCAGCCGGUCGAUUACUCCAACAGCCCUAUGGCGUUACGAAUGGCGAACACAUGCUGGUGGUACUACAUCAGCAAGUUCACCGAGUUCUUCGACACCGUAUUUUUCAUUCUGAGGAAGAAGAAUCAACACGUAUCGACGCUUCACGUGAUCCAUCAUGGUAUAAUGCCGUUUUCGGUCUGGAUGGGCAUGAAAUUCGCGCCAGGUGGUCAUAGCACCUUCUUUGCCCUCUUGAACACUUUCGUUCACAUAAUAAUGUACUUCUACUACAUGGUGGCUGCGAUGGGCCCUGAAUAUCAGAAGUACAUCUGGUGGAAGAAGUACCUGACUACUUUGCAAAUGGUGCAGUUCGUGUUGAUCAUGAGUCACCAGUUCCAGCUUCUCUUCACAGAGUGCAAUUACCCCCGUGGCUUCAUGAUCUGGAUCGGUUUGCACGGCGUGCUUUUCUUAGGUCUCUUUUCGGACUUUUACAAAGCGAAGUACGUAGAAAAAACGAGGAAACCUAUGAAGAAGCACAGCCAGCAGAACGGCUCGAACGGCGGCCUCUGCAUGCCGGUCCUCGAAGACUCGAUGCCGCGACAAAACGGUGUCUCGUCGUACGCGACGAUCUACAAUAAAGAAUACAACAGUUGUUACAGCAACGGAACCAAUAACGGUUACGUGGCCAACAAUAACACAGAGAAGAAGCUCGCUUAGGACAUUCUGGUUUCGGUAAAAGCUCGUAAACGGUCGUCGGGACACCAAAUCACACGAUACAUUUGAAAACAUUAAAAAAAGAAAAUAAAAAAAAAUAAAAUCACGCGUUCGAAUUCUCGCCGGCACUCUUGAGAAGAUAUCAUCGUGCAGCAAGCGACGACUCUGUACACAAAACUCGGAAAAAAGAAAUGGAAAGGAAAGAAAGAAAGAAAAAAACACCCACGUUGAUCGACUAUGAUUACAUCGAGUAGUGAAUUGCGCGAUAACCGAUAAACUGGAGAGACGUCCACCUCCUUAGAGAUGUGGCCCGAUUAAACGCAAGAGAAUAAACUAUAUGCUAGUUUGUAAUAUUUGCCGCGAAAGUCUGUGUUCAAAGUUCAUGCGUAGAGUCGUCGACGAGAAAGAAUGAGAGAGAGAGAGAGAGAGAGACCAGUCGCGCGCGCGCACACAUUAAACACACACAAACACACACACACACACACACGUUCGAUAUCCCGCUAACUCUUUAAAUUAUUUCAUAUUAACCGUAUCAACGAGCUGGCGAAUUACGUUUAUCGUGUAACGGGAUAAUUUAACGGGGUUAUUGUACGGACGUUAAGGACUACUCUAUCGAUAAUAUAUUAUUAAUAAGGAAAGGGCUCUUCUGCACGUAUUGUUGUGUAUACGUAUUAAUUAUAUUUAAUCGCAUCCGCAACCGGAUUGCGGAUGAUAAUCGCGGGUGAAUACGAUAAGUCGUCGUCGUCGUCGGGCUCGUCGAUGACUUUACGAACGGGAAAGCGAGAAACGAGAUGAGACUAGCGAGGAGAAAUGUUCAGGAGACUAGAGGAAAUAAGCGGACAAGAUUAAAACGCGCACACGAUGAGAGGUAAAGAAGAGAAAAAGAGAGGAAGAAAGAAACAAAGAUGUAGUAAUCGAUCCUCAUCGGAGCAUUCUGUUUUGAACCGCACGCGAUUUGCCGAGAAGUGUUUCAUUGCGUGCGUUAUAUUUGUAUGCGUGUGAGCGAGUAUGAUCGUUUGUUAGUUGUACGUGAUUACGAGGCAUUUCUCAUUGGGACGCACCAAAACGACCCUCAUCCCCCCCUCCCCCCACCCGUCGCCGCAACCCCUACCAUGUUUCCCUUAUCGUCGUCCGACUCUGUCUCUCUAUUGCCCCGAUUGUGUUCAAAGCUUUGGUGUUCGUCGUAGAAAUAAGCGUCUGUCGACUCGCGUAAAAGAUGAAAAAAUUAAAAAAAUACGGAGAGAUCGUACUGCUCCUACCUCUCGAAGCUUGAUUCUCUCUUAUCGAGAAAGAUCACCGCGACUGUAUCGGCUCAGUAGAGAAUCCGUAGUAGUGUAUCUUCUUGCAUACGUGUGUGUGUGUGUGUGUGAGGCACAACGUGACGCUCGGAUAGCUUAUUUUUUUUUUCCUCUAUUGUUCACACGACGAAGCAACGCAAGCUUAUACCUCUUACCUUUCGACGGGAACCAUUUUACAAACAUCACGUCGUAAGCUGUUGUUAUCGAUGCAGAAAAUCAAGCUUCCGAAGAGUCGUCAAAAUUCUCUCGACGAAAUUUACUUCUUGUUCGCCGUUCGAACCGGUCGAAAAAAAAAAACAAAGAAAAAAAAU